GCCAGUUUGUAGUUUACUCUUUCUGGACCCAACUGGGAACAGCCACAGAAGUUGAAAUGUGAAAACAAAGACAAGAAGAAAGGCCAACCCCACCCGUCCAUACCACCGACCAACUUACUUUCUCAGUUUCGAUCUGGAAUUUGGACUUAAAAUGAAAACCGAGCCUGAUUCUCGCCCUGAUGGCAACUGAGGACGUCCCGAGGCCAUGAAACGGAUGGAGGAGAUACAUGUGGCCCUCCUCCCCUGCCCCCUCAUCCCUGCACGGACCCAAGUUCACCCCGGGUGAAGGAUGGAGCUGGGGCCGGCCGUGGGUGAGCCCCCCCUCCCCGUGCGGUGGUGUGGACAAGUGUCCCAGCAUCCUCCACGCAGCCUCCAAACCACACGGCUUUGAGCAAGAGCGGCUGUCACGAGAGCCUCCGACACCACCUCCCGGGGACAUCAACGAGCAACAGGGGCGACGGUCUCUCCCCCGGGACCUGCCCCAUCCUGGCCGCAGAGACAGUCUGUGUGUCCUUGGGCGCAGGGCCCAGCACGCAGACCUCACCACGCCUUCGGAGAGCUCGGCCACUGUUUGCUUCAACCCUUCUGUACUCACAGGGAAACUGAGGCCAAGCUGUUCCCCAAUGCUGACAAAAUGGACAGAGCAGACAGGUGUCUCGACCAAGGACCAGUUCCACAAGCAUGAGCCACCAGGACCUGGAAGACCAAGGGACCAAGGCUUCCCCUUCUCUCGGGACCUGCAGCCAGACCUGCGUGCACCAAGCAGCCCAGGGGUCAGCUGCCUGUGUGUCCCUAAGCCCAGGUGGCCGACAGUGGGGACCAGCCUCGAGAGCAGCAUCCCGGGACAAGCCUGGACAAGCACGGAGGGCCGCUGGAUGGAGCCAGGUCCUUCUCCACGAGGUCAGCCGCGGUGCCCUGGGCCUCCCCCUGCCCCACCAAGCCGCAGGGCCGGGCCAGUGGCCGCGGGGACCCAGGAUGCCGCCUGCAGACACCCCCGGACGCACUGAUCCAUGACGCUGGCUCUCCAGAAGCAGGACUUUGGCAUUUAUCGGCAUUUUGCUGCCCCCUCCUGAGAUGUUCAUUGGGAGGCCGGGCUCCCGGAACACAGCCUCCGCAGAGAACACCGGGGACCGCGCACGCUGUGACUCCAUCUGGGUCGGGCCGGAGCCUUGCAGUGAGUCCCGGUCCUCUCUGGGAGACCGUGUGAGUCUCGCCCCCAGCCGCCCAUGCCCGUGUCGAGGUGGGGCCGGGGCCUCUGCUCCGAGCACACAGGGUGCUGUCGUAUGGAGGGGGGAAGGUGGCCUCAGUGGUGGUGGUGGGGGCAGGUCAGUGAUGAACUUGGAAGCCACCUUCCCCCGUAACCGGGGUUUGGUUGUUGGCGCUAAAUUUGCUGAGAGGAGCCGUCUGCCCACUUCCCCGUGGUGGCUCCAGAUGACCGCUGAGGGUGCGUGCAGACCAAGCCGGGACUCAGGUGCAGCUGGCCGUGGCCAGGGUGCCAGUGAAGACAUCUGGGGAACUGUGCCCAGGUGGUGUCUGGGUGGGCAUUCCAGGGCCGGCUUCCAGCAUCUCUUCUGUGGCCUUGGCACCGUGGGGAUCCUGGAUUCCGUGUCCAGUGAUAGGCCUUGCUAGGCAGCUCUGGCGAGCAGGAGAGGUAAGGCUGGUGGAGCUUGUGUCUGGCAGUGAACCCGGGAAACUCUGA